AUGGCCGGACAGGGAAGCGCGCAAAGAUUAUUGGACAAAUUCAUUAACGAAAUCGAGACCGAAGAGGGCGUCACAAAGAAGAUCAAGCGAAAAACGACCGGCGCCGAACGAGCACGACAGAACACAAAAGUUGUGUUGAGAGCCGCUGGGAAGGGACAAGUCGAACUGCCCGAUGAUGAGAGUUACUUGGGCAAGCCGAUGCCGAAGAGUCGAAUCAACGUGAAUCGAGUGGCAAGAGAAGGCUAUUCUCUCAUCGAACAGACGCGAAACAACAAGCCUGCGGAUUUGGCCGAACGAAACUUGCGCUACUUGAGACACGUGCAGAAACGGGCGAUGAAAAAUGCUGAUCUCGCCGAACAGAUGAUGGCCAAGGAGUCGGCGGCUGCGAUCGCACGACAAGAACGCGAGAAAAUCACGGGACAACGAGAGAAGAAGAAACGAACAACGCCAAAGGACAAGUCGGUCUUCUCGGAGAAGGAUUUCGCAGUUUUCAAGAAGAAAGAAAUGAAACCGAUCGAUUUGGAGGAUAUGUGG